AUGCUCUUCUUCUCUUCAAUUUUAAUUUAUACAAUUCAAACCUUAGCUUAUUGUGGGUUUGGGUGUCUUGGAUGUUACACACCAGAAAACAAAAACGAAGAAGUGUGUUCAAAAUGUAAAGACACGUACAGACAAACUGCCUCGUGUACUGAAUGUGAGUUAUUCAAUCCAUAUGAAAACUUUUCCAAUACAAAUCCGUUAGUUUUAAUGUUCAACAACGAUUGCAUAGUAACAAAAACUGACAAUGCGACUCUUUAUUAUAACACCGAUAAUGCCGAAACCCUACUUUUUAACGAACCAAAAACCUUUUUAAUAUCAAAAGAGACAACUCCGGUGUUAUCAAUAUGUCACGACGAAGACACCAAUAAUUUAUAUCGGUUUGGAAAGUAUUUUAAGAUCUAUAUUCCACCCGAUAAAAAUAAGCAUUAUACAAACAUUUUAGUUCAGAAGAAUAUCAGUGAAGGGGUUAUUAAAGUAGAUUUGACUCAUGAUAUAGUGAACAAUAGUACUGAACCCAAGUGCUUUUCAACAACUCAUGUCAAAGACAAAUUGGGCUAUUUAAUCUCACGAACUCGAAACACUGAAACCAACUUCACUGUAUUCGUUGGGAUGUCUAACGCAUUCGAAUGUGAAAUUACAGUCACUCUUAUGACAUCAGAAAAUAUGUUGCAGUACCUUAACUUCCCUGUUUUUGAUGUAUCAAAUUUGACUCAAAAUGUCAUUACUAGACAUGUCGAUUUUGCACAAGUUGGAGUCUCUGAUUUUGGAGCGUGUUCUUCGCAGACUUUUGCAUACAAAUUCUUCUAUUUCCGGCUGACUGGUGAUGUUCCUUUAGGGAGUCGAAUACUUUUUUCAAGCUCGAGUAGUGAAACGCAAAUAUUUGAAUAUAUCAAAUGUGAAAAUGUGACGAAUGUGUAUGGGAAAUGCAGUUGUGAGUCUGGCAUCCGGAUGCGGCGGGAUCUUUGGAAAUUGAAUCCGGAGACUGGCUUUUUGUUUUCUCCAAAUGAAACGAAAUUGGACGACAAAAUUUUCAAAUUGUUUUCGAGAAACAAUUUAAUGAGAACCGACCUCUCCAUGAAAAUUAUUUGCCCAAAUCAAUGCAGUGAAAAUGAAGGUGGUGGUAAUUGCAGUGUACAAUUUGGCAAGUGUGUUUGUGUGAAUGCGAGUUAUGGUGGAGACGAUUGCCACAAAUUGUGUUAUUAUAACAGCGAAUGGACAAUUCCAAAUAUAGAAGAGAAGUGUUAUUAUGGUACCAAACAGUGUGACUCUGACUGCAAUUGUGUUAACAACACUAUUCUCUAUAAACAUUACUGUGUGUCUGCUGAGUGCUAUAACAACUCGGAUAGUCUUUAUUUUAACAACUUGUGUAAACAUACAGAUACUCAUUGUAUGCCAAAUUGCGUUUGUGAAGAAGGAUAUACAUUCGUUGUCAAUAAAUGUGUCAUUCAAACAUGUGGAAAUGGUGUUAUAGAUCACGAUGAAGAAGAAUGUGAUUUAGGAGAGAACUGUGAUUCUAUGUAUUGUCUGUGUUACAACGGGUAUACAAAAGAUCAAAAUAACACAGGAAGUUGUAUGAAGGAAAACUACUUAUUAGUUAUCAUUUUUGUGACAAUAGGAAGUGGUGUAUUGUUACUCUUUUUUAUUAUAAUGACCGUUUUCAUUAUUUUAAUAACACAGAAAGAGCGUUUUAUCGUGAAAAACAUUAACGAAGCAACUGAAUACCCACAACCAAAUUAUUACUUCGAUUCAUUGAAACUCAAAGAACUUAAAUUUGGCGAUAACAACUUUCCAUUAAAUAAAGAAUAUGCCACUUUUGGGAUGAAAGGAAAAACGUUAAAAAUAGACGAUACUGUAUACGAAAUUUUUGAAAUAACAAAUCGUUCGACGAAGCCAGUGUUAAUUAUAUUUCACUCUCCAAAUGAAAAUAAAUAUUCCAUUCACUUUUGCCCUCAAACGCAAAUACUCUCAAGAGGUACAACGAAACAAGUUGUUCUACUUUUUACUCCACAUUGUACUACCAAAUUGGAUGCAACACAAAUUUGUGUUUCUGUGUAUUAUGGCGAAAGACAAUUAUUAAUUUCGUUUCAAAAGUUUUUAUAUGAAAAGAUGUUUUUGACUGACGAGGAAAAUUUUCAGUACACGCAAUUCAUUCAAAAAAUUCAGAGCUUUUACUUAACUUUUGGAAUAAAAGGCAAAGUGGAGUCUUCUCUCAAAGUCGACUCCGACGAGGUCUUUCUUUCGUCCCAAAACCUCGAGACGAAGAAAAUCAGAAACUAA